GAAGGACGGCUCCUACCGAACCCGUGACCAACUCACUUCCAAAUGGAGCCACAUCAACAAAAAAGUACGAAAAUUUAUGGGAGUAUACGAGGAAUGCUCCCGGUCCCGGAGGAGCGGCAUGAACGACGCCGAUGUUCUCCGCCUUGCCACGACCCGGUAUCAAGACGACGGGAACCAAGGCAAGGUGCCCAUCGAUCUUUGGGGGAUUUUGAGUCGUUCCCCGAAGUGGCAACAACUCAACAAUCCCGACGGCGGACCGUUCCGGACCGACGGCGGAUCAUUCCGGAAAAGAUCCACCGUUGACGCCGAGGUUGAGGUUGACGAUACUAUCGAUUCUACCGAUCAAAUGCCUCCCUUCAAUGUUGCGGGUUCCGAUGACGAAGACCCCAUUCCACGGCCGAUCGGAAGAAAGAAGGCAAAAUCCAUUGCCUCUGGUUCGGGAGGGUCCGCCUCUUUUUCCGCUUCUCCCCGCGACGAAAUCGGCCUGGCAAUGGUUGAACAACUUCGGGCGUUCAAUCUCCAGGAACAGGAGAGGUUGAAGCUAAAGGAGAAGGAGUUGAAGAUAAAGGAGCAAGAGACCGAGAUGCAAUUCAUGCAAACCGACCCCGAAACGUUGUCGGAAUUUGGCCGAAUGAUCUACGAGCAAAGAAAGAGAGAGAUCAAGGAAAAAUAUAAAUUACCUUAGUUUUUUUUAUUAUUGAUGAGAUCCCUUAAUACAUGCUUAUACAUGCU